UUUAUGAUAUUUGUAGGGGCAAUAAAAUAAUUGCAACUAUUGUAGACCAUAGAAUAGAAGCAGCAGGUGGACUAUUUCCACCAGGAAUCGACGUCCACUCCUUCGCUCUUCAAGGCUGCCAUGAGUUUUCCCGCAGGGAACAUCGGGAUUCCCAGCCGUUGGCAAUGAAAAGUUUCGAGGAGCAGUGCUGCUGCUGUUGUUUCUGCUGACAAAAGAACACAUUUUGCCCUAUGUGUGCGGACAAGACUUGCUUGCCAUUUGCUUGGAGCACGACUUAAAAAGAGGUAUGGAAAGCUUGGAGAAUGAGCAGCAGGAGGAGAUGCGCCACCAACCCCGGGUCACCGCGGUGUCUUACGGCGGAAUUGUGCCCACGAAUCCGGCCAGCCACGAUACGCAUUCCCAGUAUUCGUUGUACUACGAUCAGCCGCGUGACCCCCUGUCCGGCAGCUAUAUGCUAAUGACACCGUUCCCAACCGGCCAGGAGCCCCAUUCGACGCCGCCGCCGCAGUCUUUGUUCACUGCCUUGGUAGCCCCGCGUCGCGGCGAAGGGGACAGCUCUGGGUUUGCUGCUGAGGCUAGGCGUUGCGACAAGUGUAGCUCGCUGAGCGAACUGUGCCGAUGUCCAUCGUUAUCGCUGGCUAGUAGCAGUCGCUUUGCAGACUCCACUCAGAGCCUGUCCCAGGAAGAGCCGCAGUACAUAGAGUUGCCCUCUUCCUCUACGGCGGUGGCUUCUCAACCGCCCACUGUUCCGCAGCGUACCAGGCGAAAGACUGAAACCCUAACGCUGGAGCGAGACGACAGUGCUAGCGACGAUGUGGUGACAUCCAUUAGUGGAACUUGGCCGGCGGGCGCCAUGGAGGAGCAUGCCAUGGAUGCUUCUGCAGUGGUAAUAUACGAGUUGCCCUCCAGUUCGCAGCUGCAGCUGAGCAACAGCUCCUUCGAGACCUUGACAAGUGCGGCGAAUGUGUACGAUGAUGUAACCUCUAGUGCUUCGGACACGGAGCACGUGCAAUUCGCCAAUACGCGCACGACAAACACUACAACGACCACGUCAGCCGUACAGGCACACAAGAAGAAGCCCAACCGCUCCAGCGAUGCCUCAAAUUCGUCUUCUUCAGGGGGCGUCGAUGUGGAUACCAGGCCCAGUACAAGUGCCCAGGCAAGGCGCCAGCGCGUGGACAAUUUCUCUUAUCGUAGAACGAGGGUCAUGGAGCCGGAUAACGAGAGCAGCGACGAUGGCUGGGACCUACGUAUGCAUAACACGGCACCGCCGGCGGAGCCUACCGUAACAAUCAUACGGAGCAGUAGUGGCGUAUCCUGUGAUCUGGAGGUUGGGCAUGGGGAUCACAACUACUACAACAGUCGCAGUCGGCAUGUGUGCGGGACAAGGGCCCCACCGGACAGCACUUAUAUGUCGGCAGCCUCCUGCUCCACGGCCACGCACACGACCUGCAGUGUGGACUAUGGAUCCCACAUGCGUCAGAGAUCCGUUGAUGAGGCCGAUCCUUCCACCACCUCGGAGCAGGAACAAGAAAGGCAACAACAGGUGGAGCAGCAACAACAGAAUCAGCAGCCUGGGCAGGCCUUGUGCAGCCUGGAGAGCACGCGGGCUAAUCCUGGAAUGGUGUGGGGUCGUAUGCGUCCCAGCGACGAGUCAGCACCGCCAACUAAACAGCCGCGCUUGGAGCUUCCAGAAAGUUCGCCGCCCAACUCUUCUACCAAGCUUUCGUCUCUGAAAUACAAUUCCUUUCAGCCAGGAAAAAGCAGGCAUCGCACCUUUGCAGAGCAGGGAGGCAGUUCCAGCCAACAGAGCCUAUCUCAGACUGCCAAUGGAUCCUGCGUCAUAACCUAUGUGGGCAGGCCGAGGGAGAGCCACUCGUCCGCGGAACUGCUCAAUCUUCCGUCCACUUCCUCGGGCAGAGGCAGCGAUGCCGCGGUGCUGACUGCUCCGGACUUGCAGCUGGACGACUGGUCAUCGGACUCUAACGAUGACGAUGACGAUGUGGUGUUUGUGCACUCCACCCGAGAGCCCAUACUUUCGAUUGAUCUGACCUCCGAUGACGACGGCCUUGCAAACGAAACGCAAGUAAAUCGUGAGAGGGAAACGGAAACGGAAGCGAACCGGGAACAUAACCGAGAACGGGAUCGGGAUCAAAAUGAGCUAUUACUGAACCGCGAGCAGACGCAUGAUGACCGACGGCCCUUUUUCAAUUACGCCUACUCCCUACCAGCGUAUGCCCGCCGCACAGAUCGAAGGGCGGACACUAACACGGAUGGCACCUCGGCCUUUGCCUUCUACAGCGGUGCUCUGGCUGACCGGCCUCCCAUCACGGAUCACAACUACAGCUACGAGCUGGACCAGCUGAUGGACCCCAAUUCGGCUCACUUUUACCCACCGCGCUGCUCCAGCAUGGAUCCGCAGCGUUACUUCCAGCCAAUAGCAGAAUCGCCUCUUUGGUUGCUGCCGGCGCCACAGCCACCGCCACCUACCCUGCCAGAGAGUUCUUCGGCCGAGUCAUACAGUCGCAUGGCUCAGAGAGCACCGGCAGCUGCAGUGGCCACAUCGAGCAGCUCCUCAAGCGGCCAGACAUCAUCGCAGACACCACGACAGAGGCGCAGCAGUCCGGCGAACGUGUAUCACCGCUAUCAUCCGUAUUACGUGCCCCACUACGCGAUCACACCCCUGCCCACCGUGAUGGAAGCAGUGUACUCUCCCAGCAUGCAACCCAGCACACAUUCCUUACCGCAUCCGCACUACCAGGGCGGUCAAGGCGGAAGCAGCCGAAGCUCGUUAAGCGGAGCUUUGAAUGCUGCUGCCGUGGCAGCCACAGCUGCGGCAGCUCAGGUGCAGUCCUUCAGCGAACUUCUCUCCAGGGCGCACAAUGAAGGAGCUGCAGGAGGAUUGGAGGAUGAUAUACGCGCUGUGUCGCAACCUAUGGUGCAUCAACAGCAACAGCACCAGCACCAGCACCAGCCACAGCUGCUGCAACAUCAUCAGCAGCAGCGACAAUCCAUCAUUCCACCACCUCCAGGAGCCGCAUCGAGCGUCACUCUUGGAGCCUCAGUAUCACCGCCACCGCCGCUGGAAAUGUACUCUGGCCGGAGCACUAUUCCAUACUGUGGUUCUCCGCCAUUCAGCGUGCGAAGAUCGGAGGCGGCGUACAGCAAUCGGCAGCACUAUCAACCGCAGCCGCAUCAGGGCCACCAGGCGCCGCAGAACCAGAUGCACGCCCACAUCCAUCCGCCGCACAGGGCUAGUGCCAUUGUGGCCACCUCGCUAACACCAGCUCCCCCAUAUCCGGUGCAUCAGAACUUGUGGUAUCGACAGCAGAGCAUGCAGGAGUUGCAUCGCCGGCACAUGACGCCCACGCCCAUCGAUCUCUCUUCAAAUGCCUCGCUGUUGACGAGCAGAUUACGGAACGGCUACCUGCACAGCAUCUGUAAUUGUGUGCAUGCAAGGAAUGGACCUGUGUCGAGCUUGGAUCCCGCUUACUAUCCGCCGUACGAUGCCGCUACAGCUACUGCUCCACUGCCGCCGACCCAACAAGCUGCCGCACCUCCCAGCAGUCCGGCGACAUCAGUUGCAGGUGGCGGCGGUACUCAGCAACCGGGUUUCAGGCAUGUGCAGAUCCAGCCACAAGGGCAACCACAAGCCCAGCAAUCGCCACCGGUUAUGCAACACUUGCAGCGUCAACGAGCGAUCCACCAUCACAUGUUCCACCACCACUACUCACCGCUUCAUUUGGAAAUCGGGCUAGCCACGCCCCUAUCUCUGGGAUCUCGUAUUUUGAUUGGACCACCACGCCCUAAUCGAGGGGCCACCUUGGAAACCAUCGAACGAAAUACCUUGCCGCAUAAGUACAGACGCGUGCGCCGGCCCAGUGAGACGGACGAGGAUGCGGAGAAAUGUGCCAUUUGUCUGACCCUCUUCGAGAUCGAGAACGAUGUGCGCCGCUUGCCCUGCAUGCAUCUCUUCCACACGGAUUGCGUGGAUCAAUGGCUGGUAACCAAUAAGCACUGCCCAAUUUGUCGUGUAGACAUCGAGACGCACAUGGCCAACGAUGCGCUGGCGCCUAGCUCCAGCGGAGUGAACGAUGCCGCCGCUAACACUGCCGCUUUAUGACAUUGUGUGCAUGGAAUCUUUAUGUAAAAGCAAAUCCCUUAGACUGACUUUGUCCCGGCAUGAAAUAGGGAUCGAACGAAGCCCAAAAACCAAACUUUUAAGAUGUGUGUUUGACCCACCCUUGAAAAUAUCAAAAGCCAAGUUUGUUUGGCUAAAUUCUAAUAUCUAUUUUAUGAUAAGUGAUCCGGCAAAUUAUUUCCUAUACAUAAUAUGAAUAUGUGUGUGUACAAAUUGUGUCCAUGUUUUGUGAAACAAAAUUCUUGUGAUAAGAAUUUCAUAAAUCCGUAUUGUUAUAGUA